AUGGAAGAAGUGCCCGAAGAGUUAAAAAAGCGGGUACAGGCACUACUCGCAAACGGGGAAGAAAUCAAAGUCGCUAUUUCAACCGAUCUGCGGUUUGAUGGCAACUAUGGCAAAGAUUGGGUAAUUGCUACUGAUAGACGCCUCAUCGCUUUUAAUCAGAACGGCGCGCCGGAGCAUCAACUUCGUGAGAUUCCACUCACCUCAGUUGAGGCUGUUGAGAUCGUUGAGAUGUACGGUAACAAUAUCCUCAAGGUCAGAACAUCCGAGGAUGCCAUGGAAGUUGCCCGUUACUCACGCCGAGUCUCGCCAAAGUUUGAGUUGGCAACCCCUGAAUUGGAAACGUUGGUUCAAGAUGCGAACCCGGACGUGGAACAUGAGAAACAACACCGUCCGCAAGGCUGGGGAAAAAAUAAAGACAAAUGCGAAACAUGUGGGAAACCGCUGCCACGCUGGUCGGGCGUUUGUAUUAAUUGCGUUGAAAAACGGAAACUCAUCUUCCGGCUUAUUAGAUAUUCAUUUCCUUUCUGGCGCGUCUCGGUACCCGCUCUUGCCUUGAUGAUGUUGAUCCGUCUGGUAUCACUCUACCCAACCAUUUUGAGCAAGGAAAUGAUUGAUAACGUCCUUCUUCCGGCAGGGACAGCUGUAACUGGUGCCACGAUGACCGCAACUGGUGAACCGAUCCCUUCACCGACGUGGGGACAUCUCACUGGAAUCGUCGAAGGCAUCUCAGGCUGGCUGGCACUUCCCGUCGCUGGAAGUUGGGGGCAUCUCGUCACCAUUGUCCUCUUAAUGGUAAGCUUCAAUGUCUUUACCAUGGGGGCUUCCGCUGUGCGGGGAUAUAUGAUGGCUUGGGUGGGCCAAAAUAUCACACGCCGACUCCGAAAUGAAACAUACGAACAUCUCCACUCGCUCUCGUUAGACUUUUACAAUCAGCGUGACACCGGUAACCUCAUGUCGAGAAUCACAAACGACGUGGCAAGACUUCGGGAGUUCAUUGCGAGCGCGUUGCAAGAUUUACUCGGUGAUUCAUUGACGCUUUUUUACAUCUGCGCCAUUAUGUUCUUCACAAAUUGGAAGUUGGCGGUUUGGACACUAAUUCCGGUGCCUUGUCUUAUUUUCUUCACCAUCUUCUUUGGAAAAAAGAUGGGCAAAGUAUUUUCUGUGCUAUGGAAACGGCAUGCCGAUAUUAGCACUAUACUGGCAAGCACUAUCCCAGGGGUACGGGUCGUCAAAGCCUUCGCGCGCGAACGCUAUGAGGUAAAUCGAUUUAACGAAAAGACAUAUCAAGUGUUUGAUGGCGAAAUGAAUGCAGCGAAGUUGUCGACACUGUACCGCCCGAUCAUGGAAUUUAUUAUUUUCUCCGGUUCCAUUCUGAUAUGGUUGGUUGGUGGUUCACAAGUCUUUGAGGGGCUACUAACGCUCGGCGAGCUCUUUAUGUUCCAGGCGUUGAUGGGACGGUUCUUCAGACCCGUCUACACGCUUUGUCAGAUGAAUGAACGGUUCAUCCGAGCUGCGACUUCUGCUGACCGUGUGUUUGAAAUCAUAGACACACCCCCAAGUGUCGCUGAGAAAGAAGAUGCGAUCGCGCUUGAAGACAUUAAAGGCACUGUCGAAUUCAAGGAUGUCUAUUUCUCUUACGACACAGAAAAGAAUGCUAUCAACGGUAUCAGUUUCCGGGCAGAGGCGGGUGAGAUGAUUGGGCUAGUCGGACAUAGCGGUGCUGGGAAAAGCACGGUCAUUAACCUAAUUACCCGUUUCUACGAUCCGAGUGAAGGUUCAAUAGAGGUUGAUGGACACGACACCCGCGAUAUUAAGUUGAAAGCAUUGCGGCAACAGGUAGGUGUGGUGCUUCAGGACCCGUUCUUAUUCCAAGGGACGAUAGCUGAGAAUAUUGGUUAUUCGAAACCCGGUGCUUCUCAGCAUGAAAUCAUCGCCGCAGCGAAAGCUGCAAAUGCGCAUGAGUUCAUCGUCAAAUUCUCUGAUGGUUACGACACGAUGGUAGGGGAACGUGGUGCUCGCGUAUCCGGCGGUGAACGACAGCGAAUUUCUAUCGCCCGCGCGAUUCUGAAAAACCCGAAAAUUCUCAUCUUAGAUGAAGCGACAUCGUCUGUAGACACAGAGACUGAAUCGAAUAUUCAGGAAGCGUUGGAACGGCUUGUCCGCGGUCGGACUGUAUUUGCUAUCGCACACCGACUCUCUACUCUCAAGUAUGCUGACCGUUUGGUUGUGCUGAAAGACGGAAAAGUGGAUGAAAUCGGUACGCAUGCGGAGCUUCUUGCCAAAGAUGGCAUCUAUGCAGGUUUGUGUGAAAAGCAGAUAGAAUUGUCGAAGAUUCGCGCCUUAUAG